UCGACGAAUCGUCUGAAGUUCUUCGUACCAGGUGGGGAAGCGCGCUCCAGUGCCUAUCGAGUACUAGUUCGAGCUCAGGACGACGUUAUUCCGUUUGAAAAGCUGAUUCCUGGAGCGCCAGACCUAAAGACGCUUUUCUUACAGACUGAUAAAAGCGUCUAUAAACCUAUGGAUACAGAUCUUUUGGUCACACAUGAGCAGGGAACAUUACCCUAA